AUGGGCAUCCAGGUCGCGCCCCCCUCCUCCCCGUCCUCUCUGGGCGGCGGCUGCGUGAGGCUGUCGAGGGCCCAGUCGUCGUCGUCGCUGGCGACCUGGAGCGCCGGCAUCGCCCGCCGGCGCGCCGGGCACGCGAUGGUGACGCGCGCCGUCAGCGCCAGCAUCGACAGCGUCGGCAGCCACGGCAGGGAUGACGAGGAGUUCCUCAGGAGGAUCCAGGAGCUCGCCGUCGGGCUGCACCCGGGCGCCGGCGGCUGCGGCUGGCCGGCCAGCGUGGAGAGGAGCGCCAGCAGCGUCGGGCUGCCGCUGUCGCUCAGGAUGCUCAAGCGCAAGAAACGGCAGCAGGGCCAGCGCGGCCGGUGGGACGAGCGGCUGCUCGACCGCGCCGGCGAGUCCGGCUCCGGCCGCGGCGCUGUGGGACGGGCGUUCUCCUCCAUGGUGCUCAUCAUCCGGGAGCUCCAGAGCUUCGCGCUGCAGAUGCGGCAGACGCUCUUCUACGAGGACAUGCAGAGCGUGCUGGCGCGCGUCCACGCCGAGAUGGACGCCUCCUUCGUCUGGCUCUUCCAGCACAUCUUCGCCGGCACCCCCGCCCUCAUGGUCUCCGUCAUGCUCCUCCUCGCCAACUUCACCGUCUACUCCAUGGGCGACAACAUCGCGAUGGCCGCCAACCUCCCGCCUCCCCAGCCCACCGUGGCGGCCGUCGCAAUGCUCGACGCCCAGCACGCGGAGCAGUCCCGUCCCGAUCAGCGGUUCGACAGCGUGUCGCUCAACAUGUUCUCCAUUGGCCGCACGGCCUCGGUGGACGGGAACAGCGGCGGCGGCGGCAAGGCUCCGCCGGUCGCCGGGGCCACCGGCGACGAUCGCUCGGACGAAUCCUCGUACCGGCAAAGCGGCGCGGUGCUUCCACAGGACGAGUCACAGGCGACGCCGGUGGGGGCGGCCGCGGAGGACACGGAGGACGAGCUCAUCAUCUGGAAAAGGAUAGCCGACGAGGCGACGAGAAUGCAGGCGAGCGUGCGCGUGGAGGCGCUGAUGGACCCGGACAUCCUGGCGCAGCUCGUCGCGCCGGUGGAGGCGAAGAUGGACACGGAGGACCUGGCCGACCACGCGAAGACGGAGCAGAGAUACGCGAUGGCCGUGUCCGAGGAGCCGAGCAACGCGCUGCUGCUCGCCAACUUCGCGCAGUUCCUGUACCUGGUGCAGCGCGAUCACGACCGGGCGGAGCAUUACUUCAAGCGGGCGGUGCGCGCGGAGCAGCCGGCGGACGCGGAGACGCUGGGGUGGUACGCUACGUUCCUGUGGAAGGCGCGCAACGACCUGGCGGCCGCGGAGGAGACGUUCCAGGAGGCCAUUGCCGCCGAGCCCAGCAACGGGCACCACGCGGCGGCCUACGCGCACUUCCUGUGGAACACGGGCGGCGAGGACACAUGCUACCCCCUCGACUGA